CCGCCUCCUCCUCCUCCUCCUCCUCCUCCCCCCGCUCUCCGAUGGCAAGAGUUGGAGCCGCGCUGCUCGCAGCCGCCGGGAAGAGCCGGCGGAGCGCGGGGCAGGACCCGGGGCCCGACUUCGCGGCUCCCCGCAUCGCCGCCGCCUCCUCCUCGCCUCGCAUGGCCCGGGCCGGAGCUCCCUGAGCCCGGGGCCGUGGGGCUGAGCCGUGGGGCGAGCCGUGGGGCCAGCCGUGGGGCCAGCAGCCGCUCCCCGCCGGCCUCCAGCGGCAGCCGGAGCGCGAUGUGCCGCUGAGCCCCGCAGCCGGAGCCCCGCCGACACCCCAUAAAUCAUCUGCAAACGAGUUUAUGAGAAAAAUAGAAGGAAGAAGGCCAAAGAGGCAUGCCAGAGAAGGAAGCUUGCAGAGUCCAAGGGGUUCAGAGAAGACUGCAGUGGGACUGCCUCUGAGAGGGAGCGUUUACAUCACUAAUUCUUGAAGGGCUUACCUUCUGGGACUCUGAGCUUGGAUUGCUGCCGCAACAUUUGUCUGGGACUUGGCCUCUGGGCUGGUUACUAAGGAUUUUCCCUGGUGCGUGACUUCGAAUAUGAUACUUCAGUAAUGCAGAGGCUGUAUCCUCCCUGGGCCUACCUUGGAAGCUAGAUCUGCGACCGCCCUUCAGUCAUGGUUGUUUCAAGAUUAAAGGCCAUUUCCCUGUCAUUGCCAAGCCUUUUUCUUCUUGCUUUUCAUCUCUCAGCAUCACAGAAUGUACCUGAAUACUCUGAAGCUGAACAUCAGCAGUGUGUCAGGAAAGAACAUCCCACAAUUGCUUUUGAAGAUCUGAAGCCCUGGGUUUCGAAUUUCACCUAUCCAGGUGUGCAUGACUUUUCUCAGCUCGCACUGGAUGCCAACAGGAACCAGCUCAUUGUGGGAGCAAGGAACUACCUCUUCAGACUUAGUCUACACAACGUUUCUCUCAUUCAGGCAACAGCAUGGGGUUCAGAUGAAGACACCAGGAGGUCCUGUCAAAGUAAAGGGAAAACAGAGGAAGAGUGUCAGAACUAUGUCCGAGUGCUGAUUGUUUAUGGCAAGAAGGUUUUUACCUGUGGCACCAAUGCCUUUUCGCCAGUGUGUUCCAGUCGUCAGGUAGGAAAUCUUAGCAAAAUCAUUGACAGAAUUAAUGGAGUGGCUCGGUGCCCGUAUGACCCCCGGCAUAACUCGACAGCUGUGAUUACAUCACGAGGAGAACUCUAUGCUGCAACUGUAAUUGAUUUCUCUGGACGGGAUCCUGCUAUUUACCGCAGCCUUGGAAAUGUUCCCCCACUUAGGACAGCACAGUACAACUCCAAAUGGCUCAAUGAGCCUAACUUUAUUGCUGCCUACGACAUCGGUUUGUUCACCUACUUCUUUUUCCGAGAGAACGCAGUAGAACACGAUUGUGGGAAAACAGUGUAUUCUCGUGUGGCCAGAGUCUGCAAAAAUGACAUUGGGGGGAGAUUUUUGCUGGAGGACACAUGGACAACUUUCAUGAAGGCCAGGCUGAACUGUUCCCGUGCUGGAGAAAUCCCUUUCUAUUAUAAUGAAUUGCAAAGCACCUUCUACCUUCCUGAGCAAGACCUGAUCUAUGGUGUCUUCACCACUAAUGUAAACAGCAUAGCUGCCUCAGCAGUGUGUGCCUUCAAUCUGAGUGCCAUUACUCAGGCAUUUAACGGCCCUUUCCGUUACCAAGAGAAUCCCAGAUCUGCCUGGCUGCCGACGUUAAACCCCAUCCCAAAUUUCCAGUGUGGGACGCUGAGUGAUGACAGCCCUAACGAGAACCUGACGGAGAGAGUCCUGCAGGACGCGCAGCGCCUCUUCCUGAUGAACGACGUGGUGCAGCCGGUCACCGUAGAUCCGUAUGUGACUCAGGACAGCAUUCGGUUUUCCAAACUGGUGGUUGAUAUCGUUCAGGGGAAGGAUACUCUCUACCACGUGAUGUAUAUUGGGACAGAGUAUGGCACCAUCUUGAAGGCCCUUUCUACCACUAACAGGAGCCUGAGGAGUUGUUAUUUAGAGGAAAUGCAGAUCCUUCCUGACGGACAACGGGAAGCAAUCAAGAGUCUCCAAAUCCUGCACAGCGACAGGUCGCUCUUCGUGGGCUUAAAUAAUGGAGUGCUAAAAAUUCCUCUGGAGAGAUGCUCCAUGUACAGAACAGAAGGGGAAUGCCUAGGAGCCAGAGACCCCUACUGCGGCUGGGAUAACAAGCAGAAGCGAUGCACCACCAUUGAGGACAGCUCCAACAUGAGCCUGUGGACUCAAAAUAUUACUGAGUGCCCAGUGAAAAACCUGACAACAAAUGGAAGAUUGGGGCCUUGGUCCCCAUGGCAACCGUGUGAGCAUUCGGAUGGGGACAGCACGGGCUCCUGUAUGUGUAGGUCACGUUCGUGUGACAGCCCUCGUCCUCGCUGCGGAGGUCGUGGCUGUGAAGGGGCCAGGAUUGAGGUCGCCAAUUGUUCAAGAAAUGGCGCUUGGACACCCUGGUCUUCCUGGGCCCCGUGUAGCACCUCCUGUGGGAUUGGCUUCCAGGUCCGCCAGCGAUCCUGCAGCAACCCUGCUCCACGGUAUGGGGGCAGGGUCUGCGUUGGACAGAGCAGGGAAGAGAGAUUCUGUAAUGAGAACAGUCCUUGUCCAUUACCAAUUUUUUGGUCUUCAUGGGGUCCUUGGAAUAAAUGUAGUGUGAAUUGUGGUGGAGGAAUUCAUUCAAGGCAGAGGUCCUGUGAAAAUGGAAAUACAUGUCCAGGCUGUGCUGUGGAAUAUAAGACCUGCAACCCAGAGAGCUGCCCAGAGGUGCGUAGGAACACACCCUGGACCCCUUGGAUGCCUGUCAAUAUCACCCAGAACGGUGCCCGCCAGGAGCAGCGCUUCCGCUACACGUGUCGUGCCCAGCUCUCUGAUCCCCACGAGCUGCAGUUUGGGAGGAAGAAGACUGAGAGUCGAUUCUGUCCCAAUGACGGCUCGGCAGUGUGCGAUACCGACUCUCUUGUUGAUGACCUCCUCAAGACUGGUAAGACCUCUGCACGGAUUAUCAAUGGGGGCUGGUCCUUUUGGGGGGCCUGGUCUUCCUGUUCCAGGGACUGUGAGUUGGGCUUUAGGAUCAGGAAGAGAACGUGCACAAACCCUGAACCUAAAAAUGGUGGAUUGCCCUGCGUGGGGUCAGCGAUGGAGUACCAGGACUGCAACCCACAUCCCUGCCCAGUGAAAGGCUCCUGGUCGUGCUGGACUCCUUGGUCUCAGUGCUCAGCAACCUGCGGAGGAGGACACUACCAGCGCACGCGGACUUGCACCAAUCCAGCUCCAUCUAGCGGGGAGGAUAUCUGCAUUGGGCUGCACACUGAGGAGGCCCUCUGCAACACGCACCCGUGUGAAGGUGGCUGGUCAGAGUGGUCAGAGUGGAGCCUGUGUAAUGAGGAGGGUAUCCAGUACCGCAGCCGUUACUGCGAGGUGCACAGUCCAGACUCUUCUCAGUGCGUUGGAAACAGCACGCAGUACCAGGAUUGCCUGUACAAUGAAAUUCCAGUGAUCCUACCAGCCUCCAGCAUUGAUGAGAGCACAAACUGUGGAGGUUUUAGCCUCAUCCAUCUGAUUGCCACUGGGGUCUCCUGUUUCUUUGGCUCUAGCCUCUUAACGUUUGUGAUUUAUGUGUACUGCCAGCGCUGUCAGAGGCAGUCCCAGGAGUCGACUGUUAUCCACCCAACCACUCCCAACCAUCUCCAUUACAAGGGCAACACCACCCCCAAGAAUGAGAAGUACACCCCCAUGGAGUUCAAGGUAAAGAACUGGGACCUGAUCCUGGAAGCUUCAAACUAUGACAGUAAUCCUUUCAGUUGUGUGAGGAGUUGUGGCAAAGUCAAUAGGAAGACACAAGUGAGAAAGGCUUGCAAGAAUGAAAGUGAGCAAGAGUAUCCCCUUAUUUCUUACAUAGCAACAAAGAAGACACUUAACAAGAACAACCUGAUACCAGAUGACAGGACCAACUUCUACCCGUUGCAGCAAACCAACGUGUACACGACGACCUACUAUCCCAGUACACUGAAUAAAUAUGACUACAGGCCUGAGGCCUCCCCUGGAAGGACCUUUACCAACAGCUGAUGAUGGACAGAGCCUACAGGACAGGAUCACUUCGUAUAUGAAUUUUUUUUUAAUUGAUUUUGUGGACCAAAUACUGGCCCAGCCUCUAGAUGUAAAUAUUGUACAGUAGGGUCUUUUUUUUUUUUUUUUUUUCCCUUUGGUUAAUUGUAUUUCUUGUAAACAGCACAUCUCCCUACAAGGACAAAAAUGCAUAUGGACCGUUACGCAGAGCUUUUGCGGCUAUUUGGUUGGAGAUGGCUCUUACUACUGCGACUGUUCAUGGCUGGAAGGUCGGCGUUGCUGUCCAAGGCCAACGAUGCCGAGGAGCUGGCUGUGUGCCAUGCUCAGUGGCCGCCCCGUGGCAGUGCAAGAGGUGGUGGCCUCCUGGGGCAGGGGUGUCUGUCCGGUGAGGAGCAUCCUUCCUGAGACAGGGUAGCAAUGGUGCACUGGAAGACACACGGCUCAUGGAACAGGCCGAGCGGGACUCCAUCGUGCCAACAACUUGAAGAACGUUUUCUUUCCCUUUUCCUUUUUUAUUUUUGAUUUUUUUAUGAUUAUGAAACAAAAAAAAAAGUAACUUCCUAGGGCAUUGUUCCCUGUAUGUUCAACAGAAUCUUUUCAUACUACAGGAAAUAAUCUCUGCAGCCUUCUUUGGUAAUAUGCAAUUCAGCUGAUGAGAAACAACACACAAACAACGUGCAUUAUCCAAAGAAGCUUUCCAGAAUGUUUCCAGUCUUAAUUAAAAGGAAAUUAUACAGGCAGUGAGACACUGAGAAAAGUAAAUGUUGGAAUAACAUCGGAGACAUGAACUUAGAGUGCCUAACAAACAAAGAUGUUUAUAUCACUGGAAAAAAAUAUGUGAUGAUUGCCGCACAAGAGCCAUGGGCUUUUUUUCUUUCUUUCUUUUAUGUUGUUUCUGAGACAGUGUUAACUCUUUUUGUUCUAGCUUUGAUCCUGAUUGUGUCUGCCAGGAAAGACAACUUUAGAGGCCACGCUCUUCUUGUGGGAAAUCACCAUGCUUUGGGCUAAUUUUUACUCUUGUUUUGUUGUUGGUUUUUAGUUCAUUUACUUUCAAAGAGCGAAUAAUUCUGACUUUGCAGGAGGAGGGUAUUUUUGUAAGGAAUGUUUCCAUAGUCUGAUGUGACCCAGAAAGUCUGCUGCACAUUCUUAUAGCGUCUUCCAGUCAGUACUCUAUGAAAUAGUAACACAGCUGAGUAAUGUGCAUUGUUUGCCAAUAUUUCCUUAAUUUUUCUGAACAAAACCAACCCAACGAGUAAAUGCUGCUGCAGCUAUUGAAGUAAAUUGGGGCGGUAGCAUUAUUAAACAGUAUAUCCAGCCUUGAAAUGUAAUUUUGUGUAUGUGUGUGACUGUGUCUAUAAGAACUGUAUUAGUUUGAUGCAGAAGCUGUGUUGUCUGCAGCCAGAUGUUUGUCUGACAUAAUUGUUUGGCAAAAAGGAAACUUAUUGCUGGUGCUUAAUGUACAAUUACAUCAAAUGUGUUAGCAACGUGAACAAGUCCACCACUGUUAUCAUUCAGUGUUUCUAAAUAUUUAUAAUGAACUCCUGAUGCUAAGGAUUUUAGAAUGUCGCAAUACCGAGCAUGAGAUAAAAGUACGCCCUGAAACACGCAUGAGCUCCACGUGGUCCCGAGCUUGGAUUUGUUGUCUGCAUCUUACCCGACCGAUCGCCAUGCCCCUGCCUGGCCAUCGGCUCGGCCGUGCUCCCAGCCGUUCUCUGUCUUUGCUUUAUUUCAGGUUUUGCCAUAAGCCAGCACUUUGGUAGUGUCUCAGUGCUGUUCCUUUGCAGUUGCUUGUUUGGAGGGCUGGCCUGGGCUGCGUGCUCAGCUCUUCCACGUAGGGAGCCGGUAGGGAAUGAGGAAAGGCUGUGUUGCUCAUGACAACUAUAUUGCUUUUCCUGCGAGGAAAAGCCAACGUGGCUUUGUAAGCCUUUGUUACGGUUGUGUGACCAGAAGGCAAAAAUAAAGUAGCCUUCCAUUUUUAAAUUACUUUCUUCGACUUCAGUUUGCAGUGAUUGAAGGCUGUAGGGAUAUUGGUAAUAAAGUGGGGUCAUUAGUACUGCCACAAGGAUGCCUUAGGCUCAGUGGUGCCCGUCAUUUCCAGCAGCUGUUCUUCUAAUUUAGCAGCUCAUCCUGCUUCUGCUCCGGUUUCACCAGGUGAAAGAGAGGGAACAAAGAAAGAGAGAGGUGCCCUUAAAGCAGCACAGUCAGAUUUGAUGCUGAUGCAGCCUUGAAGCUUUGUCUUCAGCAGCUGGGCAAGAGUGUCGGGGCGAGAGUGGCAGCAGGGAAGCAGACUGGCCAGCACAGCACCCCAGCACCAAAAGCAGCCUCCAGCGCCUGCAGGUGGGCUCUGGAAAAAAAAAAAAAGAAAAAAAAAAAAAAGCCAACAUUUUGAGGAGCGAUGCCUUUGUUCCAUGAAGAAUUCAUCCCGGUCUUGCUGGAUUGCCUGAUGCCCCCUGAAACACUGGGAAUCCUGACUUGAAGCCAUCCUAACAAGCAUGUAGCCGAGGGGUUGAACAUGAUUAUGUAGACCAGCAGGCUGGGAUUUCCCAGCUUUAAUUUAGAGGAGUCAGAAGAAAACAUGGGCUCCUGAGAUCAUGCUCGUUGUACUAUCAUAAAGCUAAAGCCACCUCCAGGCUGCCCUCUCAGCCUGUGCCUUGCACCAACCUAGACGAUUCUGUGAUUCUGCAGUCACCAUGCGCGUGGCAGGAUUGCAGCUGGAGUUUGGGGGAUGUGAGCAGGUCAAAUCUUGCUCUUUUUUUUUUUUUUUAUUCCAUUUUCUAAUGUCACCCCCUUUUUUUCUUUGCUCCUUAAACAUUUUUCCAUUUUUGUCCUCGCAGCAUAACAUGAUUUAAACUGAUUUUUAUUUUUUUCCAAAGAAAGUGCAAUGUAGCAGCUGAAGUUAUUUAAAUGCUCAGCUCACCAAGAUGGGUCAUUACUGCCAUUGUGCUCGGAAGGUGGCUGUUCCGUAGGCUAUUGGAGGGCAGAUGCUUUAGGGUGGUGCAUGUGGUUAUAGUUUCAUCAAGACAUUCCUUCUUACCAGCCAUCCAAAUGGAUGCAGCCCUUGUCAUGUAAUUGGCAAUCACAGUGAGGGUCUGUCGACUCCAUUCGAGCAGAAAGUAGAAUUCAGGAGAGAGUGAGAAAGAGAGAAAUCAGAGCACUUAUUACUCAAUUAAUGUUUGUGAGAGCGCAGUUCCUUAAGGACAGUGUUAAUGGGAUAUGAGGGCUGCAUUUUUAUGAGCCUCUAAUGCACGGCAGGUUAACGGCACCGUGCUCAGCGAUGUUCCUGCAGUCCAGGUAAUGCAGCAGUCUGAUCAUCAGGUCUGUAAUGUCUCUAGCAGAUUGAAUUGCUCCUGGGUGCUGAACUUGCUAAGAUUUCCUGUUCCUAAGUCCAGUUUGAAGUGCACUGGAAAUGCAUUUAGAUCAGGAGCAUUGCUUCCCAGAGGACUCAGCUUGCUGUAAAUGUAGCUUUUUUCUUCCACUUCUAAGAAAGAGAAGGGGGACCCUGGGCAGUCACACAGUUGCUCUGGAGACACUGCCUCUGUGCAAACCCUUGGGCCAGGAGUCAGCUAUACAGUGAGAGAAACACGAUGGAAAUCUUAUGGCAAAUGUUUUGCUGAAACAUCUUUAAUGGGGCCGUUCCUUUUCCCUUCUCCAUGCAAGUGGCCGUGUUCCUCCCUGCAGAAGGGGUGUGCAUCCCGCUGUUAUCCAGGCCAUAUCGUGUGUGGUCACAAUCGGGCUUCACCAGCCCAGGCAGCCCUCACCCACCAGAAAUAACUCGUGCAGCUCGCUCGGAGACAAACCAGCACAGGAGAUGCUGCUGCCCUAGAGCUGCGAUUGAGUGUCGAGCAUGUGAGCCCUGGCUGCUCUUAAAUACACGAGCCGUGCAUAGGAGAAGAAUGUGCAGUGUGUUACACCACGGUCCCUAAUGCCUUACUUUCAGAAAAGAGAGAGCUUUCUCUGAAAUCAGCAGAGGGUAGGAGCGGAGUCCACGUCUGAUGCAGACAAUUUGACGCCUCCAGUGUUAAUCUGAUGUUGAGCCCACCUGGAGAGGAAAUUGCUGUCCGCGAAGAUUGAUUUAUUCUUUGUACCAAAUGUAGUGUGGGGAGAGUUUUAUAUAUAUAUAUAUAUAAAAUAUAAAUGUAAAGUUUGUGUAACAACUUGCUCUUUUUUUGUAAUAGUGUAUACAUCUAUCGGUGGAUAGAUACAGUAUAUAUUUAUAAUAUAUACACACUAUAUAUAUAUAUAGUAUAUAUAUAUAUAUAGCAAAACGCCUGCAGAGGGAACUUAGACUAAGAAAGGCAGUGCUGGUAUUCCAAUUCCACAGGGACAAACCGAAGGAAAAAAAUACAUAAAAAUCUACUGUCCUUUCCGUUAGGUUUAACAAAAUACGCUUUUGAGGUAAAUGAGAUAUAAUUUUUUAAUUGAAAAGAAAAUUGAUUUUUCUAGUUAGAAGUGCUGAUUCUCCCCUAAACCAUUCUGGUUCAGAAUGCCUAAGUGAAAGAUUCUUGCUGCUGCUUAUAUUUUCUGAAUAAGCCUCCUGGAUCUCUCAUGUGUAUCACUCUGUUGUUUUUGUAAUUAUGAGUAGGGAGUAAUUGUGCAAAGAAAAUUAAAAUAGCAAGUAGGAGUAACAAAUAUUGUACCAUUAGAGUAAAACACAUAACCUACUGGAACUGGAAAAAAAUGUCAUCUUCCACGUUAAAGGAGUUAGCAAUUACUUUCUGAGUUAUUGAUCAGCAUUACAAGCCUUGCCUUAUAGUGACACAAGGAGGUUUCAGUGCAGAGCUUAGGGUUGAGAAAACCCUCAAAAACAAUGGGUUCGGGUUUUCUGAGGGGUCCAAAAAAGACACGGCGUGCGGAGGGAGGCACCCAGUGCUUCCAGCACUGCUGGCCGCAGCUCCACAGCUGUUCCUCGCCCCGUUGCUCCCGUGAGCUGGCUGUGCUCACGGCACGGCGCCCCUUGGAGCCGUCUGGCACAGCAGAGAAACACCAGGAAGCUGGGUUUGGUGCUUUUUUUUCCUCAACAGGCCUUCUUAAUGCCAUUCAGAGCAAGGACCAGAUUCAUACAGGGGAGUCUUCCCUUUAAGCCUGUUGGGAGAAAACUUGAGAAGGCUUCAAGAGCAGGUUUGGGGUAGGCGAGCAAGCCCACAGGUUUUGAUGCUGACUGAUUGCCAGAGCCUUCAAAUUGGACAAAAGAAAAUUAAAAUUAAAAUUAAAAUUAAAAUUAAAAUUAAUAAUUAAAAUACACCCUCUGAGCAUGGAGGUCCUUGGGGGUUAUUCAGCCUCAGCCAUUCUGCCCCAAAAUUCCUUCUUUGGGCCUUUUUUUUUUUUUCCUGUUCUGCCUCCAGCCUCAGCUGCAAAUUCACCCCUGCUAUUGGCGAUGGGUCCGUGAUAGGAGCGCGGUGUUUGGCUUUCUGGCAUUCCCACCCGUGAGCUGUUUUUAAACAAACCUGACAGCGCAAAGCAUGAGCUCCGCUGCGGCCCCGAUGAGCGGGUGCCGCGGAGUCAGGAAGAGGUCAGCGUGGCCGGGCCAUCAGGAACUGCAGCGAAACGCUUUUGGUACCAACACGUCAAACACUGGAAGCCAGCCAGCUGCACCACAGCGCGCUUUGCACCCACACUCAGCCCGUCAGAUAACAUCUGAGCGCGCAGGGCCCUGAAAGCGCCGCGGUGAACGGGGAGAGCUCCCACGGGGGGAGGAUUUAGGGAGGACACGGCGCGGGUGGCCCCGAAAUGAUGGGGCGGGAGCGUGAUGAGGUGGUGCUGGGCCUCGGGUGCAGGGGAAGCCGCUGUGGGAAGGCUUGUCCCAAAACAGCAAAACCUGGAGCGUGUGGCUGGACUCUGUUGUGAAGGCACAUCACCCUUCCUAUGCAAUUGAACUCGAUGGUACUUUAGUAUAAAGGUGACCUAGACUGUAAUCACUGCCUUUAGACACUGUGAAUUUUUUUGGGGUACUCUGUAUUUUUAUAUAUUGUACAAUGUAAAGAAUAAUUCAGAAAUAAAACAGAACAACCUGCA